AUUUAUUUCCUGUUUGAUUUUUAAGAAGGUCAUGGAAAAAUGAACAACAAUCACAAUCCUCCAACAGAUCUGGAAAAAGGAUUUAUUUCUAGAUGGAAUGACAGAUUUAACCAGUAUCUCCAUAGAAAGGGAUGGGUGAAGAACACUCAAGUUAAAAAUUACCCCUUAAUAUUUGUCGUGUACACCUUUGUUGCAGCAUAUAUAGGCAGAUCAAUUUAUAAUUGGAACUCUGUGUAUAAAGCAAGAAAAGGUGGCAAAUCGUCCAAAUGAAGCUGUUUAAACUACAAAUCGGUCAUUAUUAGAAAACUUUGCCUAUGGAAAAUGAAUAAAAAAUGGUGUAAAAAGUUAAAGCAUUUGAUUAAAGAUGGUAGAUCAACAAAGUUGAAAUCAUACAUUGAGAAGCAUGAAAUCAAUAUCCAGCACCUUCAGUACAGCAAUGGGAAAACCCCUCUUCAUUAUUGCUGUAAAUAUCUGAACUUUAAUGGAUUUAGAUUUUUGAUUGAGAAGGGGAUAGAUGUGUCUAUUAAAGACGAUGAUGGAAAUACCGCCCUACAUAUUGCUUUGAAGGAAGCCAUUAAGACCCAAUCAAGCUCGGAAGUAAAUGAAGUGUACCAGCUGAUUAUCUUGCCAAUCAUUGAGAAACGUCCGGAGUCACUGAGAUGGAGGAAUCACAAUGAUGUUACAUGCCGAGACCUUCUAGAUCAACUCAGAGAAAAACAGGAGGAGGAGACGCAGACUUCAAGAACUCCAGAGAACUGGGAUGAUAAACUCGCUGAUGAGGUUGAACAUGAACAUCACUGGGAGUGGGGCAGAUACUCGGGGGGUCUUCAAGAUGAAGAAGAUUUCACUGAGAGCUAUGAAGAUUGGUCCAAGAGAAUGCAGCAGGAAUAUCAUUGUAAACGGAGGCAACACUCAUCAUUACCAAGGUCAACAAAGAAAGCAAAGGUCGAAGAUGACUUUGAAGCAAAACUUAAAAGAGACCGUGAAAAAAUGAGACAAAGGUAUGAGGAAAAUCAGAAGAAAGCACAGCAUAAUUUCAAAAGACACAAGAAAGACCGAUAUGAACGUAAAUGGGAGGAGCUAAACGCAAAAGCUGCAGAGAAGCCUUUGUGUUUCCUAGAUAUUCCGUGGCCUUUUAAAGAUAGUGUUAGUGAGUUGGAAGACUUUCUUUUACAUGAUGUUACAGACAGUGAUGUGAGAAAGAAAUACUUGCGAGAUCAGAUGAAAAAAUGGCAUCCGGACAAAUUUGAGCAAAAAUUUGGCAAUUGUGUUGUUCCAUCAGAGAAAGAGCAUAUAUUUUUAAAAGUGAAACAAGUAUCCCAACAAUUAAAUCAUCUCUUUGAAAAACUGAAAAAUAACUGAUCAUUGUGUUGGAUAUUGAUUUCUGUUUUAUUUUCAUGCAUGUUCAUUUGCGUUUUGAAAUAAAAUAAAUUUAGUAUUUAUUUGUACAUAAAUAUACAUGAACAUGAA